AGUGGAGAGCUUCAGGAACAUUAUUAGAGGUCCCCAUAGGCAUCGCACUGAGGAUCCCAGUUGUCAGAACCCAAAGGGUCACUUGCGCUGUUUUUGUAUGGGUUGUUUCAGCUCCUCCCUGCCUUUGAGCCUCUUAUGUUCUGCUGUAUCUUUUGCAUGUAUGUGCCAGUUUAUGAUUUGUGCCAUGGCUGAUGUACGUAAGCUUACAGUGAAGUGACAGAUUGGUUACAAAAACUAUGCAAACAGCAUCAAGUAAGUCUGGACCAAAAGUUUCAGACCUUUAACAGGCAUUGACUUUUUAUUUAGGGAAGUACUUUUAUAUUCUUAGAGAGAACUUUGUAGAAAUUUGAAGGAAAAUAAACUCAAUUCUAUUGAGAAGAUAUAAAAUGCCUUUACUCAUGUAGCCCUAUCCAGAGCUUUGCAGGUGUCAGUGCACGCAUGGCAGGCUUUCCAUUUAUUUCAUAGUUGAGCAAAACUCUGCUCCUAGUUGGACUGGAGGAUAAGCUGUUCCCACAGGGAAGUGUAAAGUCCAUGACUUAGGAAGAGCUGCGUUCCGUGAGCACAAGAGACCCAGGUUAAUACAAUGAAGUACGCCUUACUUUAAUGAACACUUAUGUAAGAAUUUGACACCCCCUUUAUUCCAGUAAGGUAGCCAGGUUAGACUUUUGCAGCAAAACCCAGUGACAUGGGGCAGGAAAUCAUCUAAUACUUUCCCCCCAAAUGGUAAAAUUCCAGUUUUCACGAGUUGAUUAGUAACAGUGAAUAGAUGCUACUGCGAAUGCAAUAUUAGGCAAAUUUGGCAGUUUCUAAGUUGUAGUUAGUGCUUUUCAAGUGACUAUCCCUAGAAAAAUGUGAGAAAAAACUUAUGUAUAUGAGAGUCUGUCAGCUUUUCAUGCAGUGGUUUGGUGGCUCAGGUAUAUGAGACUGGAACCCUUGGGUUGCCAUGCGAUAUAUGGAGGUAUCUAGUCUCAGAGGCUUCCUGCUAGGCAGGCAUGGGCAAAAUGAGAAGAACGCCAAAAGACAUUCCCCUCCGCAGUUCAUGAGUUUGUGACAGCAGCCUCCGAGGAGGAGCUGCCAUGGCAGUUGGGAGUGUGUGGGGCCGAAGAGCCAGGUGGGUAGGUCAUCCCCAAGCUCACAGUUCUGUCUGCAGCCUGUAUGGGGAAAAAUUGGAGCAGUCUCAGAACUGUAGGGCUGUGUCCUUGCUCUGUCAACAGUUUUCAGUGCCUUCCAAUUUUCUCCCUUAAAUUUAAAGAAUGUAUGGGAAGUACAUGUCACUGUCUUUUAAUUAGUAUAAGCUUUCCAUUAAAGAUGUCUGCAUAAUAAAACUUGGAAAUCAUAUUAAGUGUGGUUUAAUUUCCCCCGGUCAAAUAUUUCAGUUGCAAUACUUGUGGUUUACUGGGACAAAAAUAUACAUGGGCUGGUUUUUUGUUUGCUAAAUAAAAGUAAAUAAACAUUCUAAAGUAAAUCACUCUCUAGAGUGAGCUAAUUUAGCCUAUUUUACUGAUACAGACUGAACAAUUUGCAGUACAAAUUACCCAUUGUAAAUUAUCCUUAUUUGCAUAGGAUUUUUCCCCCAAAAACAAUUGCAGUUCACAUUUCCAGAAAACCUGCCUCACUGGCAAAAACAAUGGAGUCCCAUGCCAUCUGUAAAACUAUUGUUGUUUGUUUUAACUGUAGAGUCAAGUUUAUUAUAUCAUGAUGCUUUUUAUAUUUGUUUUUGAUUUUCUAAUAAGAUAGUCUAACUUUUCCAGCUCCUUGCCCUCCAAAGGCAUUGGCCUCUGUCAAUUGUGGUGGUGUCUGGGGGUGGUGGGACAUCCAGCCCAAUGUCUCCAGAAGGUCUGGAGUUCAAGAAGAUGCGCUGUAGUAAAGAAGUGACCAAGAAACUUACUGUCUCCAUGGGAGAGACCAGUGAAACGUUUCAGAGAACCAAAGCAUGAAAGACGUCCUUGGAGGAUUUGGUUUUUGGAUACUUCCAAACAAGCCAUAGGGAUGUUGUUCAUCCACUUUGCCAAUGUGUAUUUAUCAGACCUUACCAAAGAGGAGGACCCUUGUUCACUGUACUUUAUCAACUUUCUGCUAGAUGCCACCUUAGGAAUGCUGCUAAUUUAUGCUGGUGUGCGGGCAGUAAGCACCCUUGUUGAAUGGCAGCAGUGGGAGUCGCUUCGCUUUGGUGAAUAUGGUGACCCACUGCAGUGGAGUGCUUGGGUAGGACAGUGUGCGUUGUACAUAGUGAUCAUGAUCUUCGAAAAAACCAUCAUCAUCAUAGUUCUUCAGAUACCUCAGUGGAAAGAGGUAGCUUUGUUGAAUCUUAUAGAAAACCCUCAGCUGGAGCUGGCUAUUGUAAUGCUGAUAGUCCCCUUCUUUGUAAAUGCAUUAAUGUUCUGGGUAGUUGAUAACUUCCUUAUGAAGAAAGGGAAAACAAAAGCUAAGCUUGAAGAGAAAGAACCAGGACUGGAUUCAAGAAACGGAAGCAAAGUUCGAUACAGGAGGGCAGCCUCACAUGAAGAAUCGGAGUCCGAGAUCCUAAUUUCAGCAGAUGAUGAAAUGGAGGAGUCCGAUGGUGAAGAAGACCUUCGGAGACUGACUAAUUUAAAGUCUUUUAAGAAAAAGAAGCAUCGGUUUGGUCUACCCGUAUGACAGAUUCAGGGGCCUGUAUGUUUGCAGGUUUAUGACAAAACUGUCCACAUUCAGUGGAUUUUCAUCUGGCAAUUGUAUCCUUGUUGCCUCGAAAUGGUGACUCAACCCAAUGGAACAUGGACAGUUGGAAAAGCUACCUGUUCUGCUGUGCUGUGGAAACUCUGACCAAAUAUGCAAGAGUAUCUUAGCAUGUGUGGAAAAGUCCUCCUCACCAAGGCUAUCUGGAUGUGACCAGGCCAGAGAGAGUUCUCGUUUUGGCAGGGCUUCCUGAAUGAUAUUCUGCAAGCGAUACCAGGAUUAACAAAAUUUGAAUCAGUAUGUUUUAUUACUAAAAACUGGUCUUUCCAGCAUAUUCCUAGAGCAGAAUAAUUUUAUGUUACAAAUUGUGACUUAAUAUUCUUAUGUAAAUUUACUACUUAAGGGUACCUAUGGAAUUAAUAGGCUGAACAACAUUUUUCCCCACUUCAAAACUCCUCUAACCUGUUCAAACUUUUAUAUUUAAGUUAUAUUUUCUUACGGGAAUAUUUAAGGAUUGUCUUUGUCAAACAAAAUUAUGCUGUUACUUUUUGCGUGAGGCUCAGAAAGGUCAGAGUUGCAGCAGCAUUAUUUGGCGUCAUCCCAUAAAGGAGGGGAAGGUGGCGGCCAAGGGAGCUGCUGUCCCGUGGCUGCCAGAGCUGAACAGCCAUGCUGCUGGGGUGACGCACCAGCCUGGUUGAUCCACAUGGUGGUUGAGUGGCAGCCCUGCUUCGGGGAAUAGACUACUGCUCCGCUCUGCAGUAUGGGGACUAUUGGUGUAGGUGUGGCCCUGUGCACUUUACCAUAAAAGCAACAAAAAUUUCCAAGAUGGUUUCUUCUAGAUGUCAACCAGACAUUUAAGAGACUGUAGUGAUGUUGCUGCUUGAGCACUUGCAUGUCUUUGGGUCCUUCAACUCAACGAUUCCAAAGCUGAAGCGACAUUCCUUUUUAAAAGCAAAAGCAAGGAAAACUUUGUCUUGAAAAGAGAACAGAGCACAGGUUGGCCCUUCACGUUACCAGCGUUACGUGGGGAAGGGCUGCAUCUCUGAGGAAGGGUGCUUGCCUUGCCUGCAAAAGGCCCUGGGGGCAAGGCCAGUUUCUCCAGGGUGGGCCAGGCAGGAUCCUGCCCCAAUCCUUGGAGAGCCACUGCCGGUCAGUGCCAGCAUCACUGGCCAGAUGGACCUCAUGGUUUGCCUCAUGGUAUGAGGUGGGUUUCUAUAUGACUGAAUGGGGUUGUGCUGGGAGCCGUUCCUCCCAAGAGCUUUUUUGAUCAGCCUUGGAAAGAUUGGUUGACUACUGGGAGUGUAGCAAUCCCUGCUUCCUAAAAAUCAACACCUCUCAUUCCAGUUGGGAAAAGCAGAGGUGUGUAGCAUAGUUUAAUGAAUACAUUCAUCCAUUAAAUUCAAAGUGGCUGCAGCUUUUUGUCUGCUAUCCUGUAACAGAAAGUAGAUCUGACAAUAGGAUGCUUGCACACCUAAUUCAUUGACUGCGGGUUGGCAAUUGUUGGCAGUUUUCACUUUGAAACCUUCUGAUUUAACAAAACAACAAAAGUGAAUUCAGGAAAAAAAGGGAGAACUGUAACUCACAGUGUCUGACUGUCAGACUGUAUUUCAAGCCUUAAAACACUGUCACUGGCAAGAGCUCAGAACUUCUCCAAGGUGUUGUAUUUUUGUUUUUACAGUUUUUAUAGGUGUUGUCACAUAUAAAAUGUGGUGAGCUACGCAGGUUGCUGGUUUUGAGGCUGGUUUUGGGGCUUCGAGCCUCAGACGAUCAAGUACACUGCUCCACUGCUGCUUUUCCGGCUAUUUUUAAUAGCUGUAGCUCCAAGACAAGCACUGUCUGCCUCUCUAAUCUGUCUGCCCAGAAGAGGCGCUUUGGCCCAUGUUGUCUUGCACUGCAACAUCUUUGCAAUGCGUUGUUACUCGUUGGUGUUCAGGUUCAAAACAAAGGGAAACCAAUGUUCAUCUCACUAGAAACCUAGCUAAGGCCUCUGUUUGGAGGUGGGGAAAUGUCCUUGAUCAAUGUUGCCUCCUAACCUAUUGUUUCUGUAUUUCCAUUGUAUAUUUCUGACUCUGUGACUUGUCAAGCUUCAUAUCCUAAGCCAGAUUCUCUCACACCUCUGUGAAAUCUCUGCUCUGCAGGAGGGCAGAUGCAAUUCAUCAACAGAAUAGAUACUUAACCCCAUCUCAUUAGUUGUAUAGUUGGACUAAGAAAGGAAAAAAUGACUUGGCUUUGUAAACGGGAAAGAAUGCCUGCUAUAUGCCAUUUACCUCUUUCUUCUGAUAACACUGGAUGAAAUCCAAAAGCUUAACUCUGCUCAUUUCUUCCUGUGGCAUCAGGUAUGUAAAAUAUCUGUUCUAAACAAUUCUGGGAUGGAGAAGUCUUAAAAAAAUCAAGCCCAAAGCCUUAAUCUAAAUAGUCAAACUUCAAAUAGACCUCAGAUCUAGCAUUUUCAUUGACUAUAUCACAGGCACUGCAGAGCGGCUCAAUUCAAUGUUUUAAACAAGGAAGGGAAGUACUCUUAUUUUUCCCAAAUUGUUCUGCAUCAGAAGGACAUGUGCAUUGUACUUCUUAUGCCUUAUAGUAGAAUGUCCAGAGAUAUAAUUUAAAAUGCUCAGAUGUCAGUAAAGUUGCACAGCCUAUUUAAGAAAGAAAAGAUUUCUCUUAGUUUAACAUUCACUGGUCAAACUUUAGAACGUAACAGUGAUGGCCUUCUUCUGUUAAGUCCCCAGUAUCUGAUAAUCAAAAGUAUACUAUGCCAUACAAGAGGUCCCAUGUAGCUUUCACCCAGCAAAAAAUCUGAUUAUUGAUAAGCUUGCCAGCACUUUGCUUAAAGCUAUCGAAGGGGCUGUUGCCACAUCUUACGGUAAUAAGUUCCAUUAGUUAAGCACUGUCUGAAGGAUGAGUUGAGUAUGGCUGUUGCUCUGAGCCAUACUAUAAGGUAAGCUACUUAAGGAUGCAAUCCUAUGCUUCUUUAGAUCAAACCAAGGCCUACGAUCCCCAGCAUUCCCCAGUGAGUGUGGUUGGCUGGGAAGUGCCAGGAAUUUUAAGGCUUUGGGCUAAACUUGCCUGGGACUGCAUCCUAAUUUCUUCUAUUGCACUUAAUCCCUUUCUGAAAGCUUGUGGGUAGAAUGAGGAUGGGGUUAGCUGAAGUUGAAAAAUGGCUCUGCUCUGCUUUUAGGAUUAAAUCAAAACACAAAAUGUCAGGGAAGGCAUACUGACUUCUGUUUUUCAUAUUACAGCAGGAUGGAUUUGAAUGCUUUGCUGGUUCGGCACUGCGUUGCGACAAUUUGAAUUUGGCAAAGUAAGCAAGAUGUAAAUGUUCUCCAAAGGCUCAGCUCACUUUAUCACUCAAGAUCACAGUAAAGUGUGCUUCAGACAGUGCUUUACAAAGAGCAAAAGAGCUGCCAAUACGAGUCCGAUGUGACUGUGAUUCAGUUCUUUCUGCACUUAAAACAUAUAAUACAGAGUGAAAUCUGAUAGAUGAGUAGUUUCCCACUGCCAAAGGGACGGGAUACAGAGUUGAAAUAGAGAAGGAUUUGUGUCACUGGCUGGUCGUGAUAUCAGGUGCCCAACAUAACUCGUUUGGAAACGCUGUGGUUGUCAUGCGGUCUUCGUUUCUAACGUUAGUGUAUUAAUGUCUCCCUGACUAUCUUUACUGAAAUGCUCUAUAUUAAUGUUGCUGACAAACCAUGUGAUAAGCUUCUCUUCAGGGAAAAGACCUCAUACUCGUUGAAUUGUGAACCAAACAACAACAAUGCAAGGUGUCCCGUAGGCAUUCCCUCACAAGCAUGUUGCUUGGGUCUCUAACUCUGCUUUGCUGGAGGAAGGCAGAGGGGAUGUAGCCUUAAAAUUUCCUCUUGGAAAGCUGGGUGUCUAUGUCCAUUGUGCAUGCUCAGUGCGGAUCUGCGGCUUCCAUACAGACAUAGUGGUGAUGGCGAACGUACAAAACCUAGCCACAUCCAGUCACAGGAGAUGCAAUAACGUUUCCAGUUACAUGCUGAGGGAUUCCUGUGGCUUUACAAAGUAAAAUGGCAGCAUCUUUUCAAGCUGUACUUUCUGGGUUGGAUCCAGACUUGCUCCUCCUCUUGCUCCCACUGGCAGGAGGUAAUCGGGUGGUGAUCUUGACCAAUUCUCCCAUCACUUCCCUUUCUGCUCCAGAGAGCCUCCCAACCCUCCAGAGCAGUUUUUAGGAUGUGCUAGGCUCCAGAAAAAAGGGAAGAAUAGUAGAAAUUACUGUCUUGCCUCCUUCCUCCAGUGCAAGUUGACCUCCACAAUGUGGCAGUCUGGAUUUACCCCUUUGCAAUUAGGAUUUCAUGUGCUUUGGGAGUUCAAGAUGAAGAGGAAAGUCUGCCCUGUGAGAUUAAAGAUGUGAACCAUGAUGUGGAUCAUGUUUAACAGAUGGUAUUACAUUAAAAUGGAAAACAGUAUGUGUUGUACCUAAAUAAUGGUUUACAAUAAACGUUUUGGCAUAAUAUAA